AUGGCUCUCGCCUUCAAGUCCGCUGCUUCGAGGAGCAUUGCGGCCAACCGGGGCGCUCGCUCCGUGGCCCCCAUUGUGCGCGCCAAGAGCGUGGCUCGCUCCGCUGGCAGGCGCAGCGUUGUGGUGAACGCCGCCGCCCCCCUGGUUGGCAACACCGCCCCCGACUUCAAGGCCACCGCCGUCCUGGACCAGGAGUUUGUCGACAUCACCCUGUCCCAGUACAAGGGCAAGUACGUCGUGCUCUUCUUCUACCCCCUGGACUUCACCUUUGUGUGCCCCACCGAGAUCACCGCCUUCUCUGACCGCCACGCCGAGUUCAAGAAGCUCAACACCGAGGUCCUGGGUGUGUCCGUGGACUCCCAGUUCACCCACCUGGCCUGGAUCCAGACCGACCGCAAGGACGGCGGACUGGGCGACCUGGCCUACCCCCUGGUGGCCGACCUCAAGAAGGAGAUCUCAGAGGCUUACGGCGUGCUGACGCCCGACGGCAUCGCGCUGCGCGGCCUGUUCUUGAUCGACAAGGAGGGCGUGGUGCAGCACAGCACCAUCAACAACCUCGGGUUCGGGCGCAGCGUGGACGAGACGCUGCGCGUGCUGCAGGCCAUCCAGUACAUCCAGAGCCACCCCGACGAGGUGUGCCCUGCCGGCUGGAAGCCCGGGGAUGCCACCAUGAAGCCCGACCCCAAGGGCUCCAAGGAGUACUUCUCCGCCAUCUAA